AAAAAAAACACUAAAUCAACCAUGUUCCAAUUUAUUCUUAGCAAGAGGGUGGCUAGUUCUAGAAUAGGCUUUUAAAGGUCUCAUCUUAUGCAGCAGAUGAUGUCUGAAUCUUGUGAAGUUGUGUGUAAUUUAGGAUUCUUUGUAUGCCGACUUAUUUCUUAAAAUAGGAGAGGCUGUCAGUCGGCGCCAUGUGUGAGCUGGUUGCUCUGUGGCAGUGGUGGCGGCUGGACUCCAGCACCAUGAGUGGCUUCAGCACCGAGGAGCGCGCCGUGCCCUUCUCCCUGGAGUACCAAGUCUUCCUCAAAAAUGAGAAAGGACAAUAUAUCUCUCCAUUUCAUGAUAUUCCAAUUUAUGCAGAUAAGGAUGUGUUCCACGUGGUAGUUGAAGUACCACGCUGGUCUAAUGCAAAAAUGGAGAUUGCUACAAAGGACCCCUUAAACCCCAUUAAACAAGAUGUGAAAGAAAGAAAACUUCGCUAUGUUGCAAAUUUGUUCCCCUAUAAAGGAUAUAUCUGGAACUAUGGUGCCAUCCCUCAGACUUGGGAAGACCCAGGGCAUAAUGAUAAACAUACUGGCUGUUGUGGUGACAAUGACCCAAUUGAUGUGUGUGAAAUUGGAAGCAAGGUAUGUGCAGGAGGUGAAAUAAUUGGUGUGAAAGUUCUAGGCAUAUUGGCUAUGGUUGACGAAGGGGAAACCACCUGGAAAGUCAUUGCCAUUAAUGUGGAUGAUCCUGAUGCAGCCAAUUAUAAUGAUAUCAAUGAUGUCAAACAGCUGAAACCUGGCUACUUAGAAGCUACUGUGGACUGGUUUAGAAGGUAUAAGGUUCCUGAUGGAAAACCAGAAAAUGAGUUUGCUUUUAAUGCAGAAUUUAAAGAUAAGGACUUUGCAAUUGAUAUUAUUAAAAGUACUCGUGAACAUUGGAAAGCAUUAGUGACUAAGAAAACGAAUGGAAAAGGAAUCAGUUGCAUGAAUACAACUGUGUCUGAGAGCCCCUUGAAGUGUGAUCCUGAUGCUGCCGGAGCCAUUGUGGAUGCUUUACCACCACCCUGUGAAUCUGCCUGCACAGUACCAACAGACAUGGAUAAGUGGUUCCAUCACCAGAAAAACUAAUGAGAUUUCUCUGGAAUACAAGCUGAUAUUGCUGCAUCGUGUUCAUCUGGAUGUAUUAGAUGUAAAAGUAGUAGCUUUUCGAAGCAUUAAAUUUGUAGAACUCAUCUAAGUAAAUUCUGCUGUGACUAAUCCAAUAUACUCAGAAUGUUAUCCAUCUAAAGCAUUUUUCGUAUCUCAACUAAGAUAACUUUUAGCACAUGCUUAAAUAUCAAAGCAAUUGUCAUUUGGAAGUCACUUGUGAAUAGAUGUGCAAGGGGAGCACAUAUUGGAUGUAUAUGUUACCGUAUGUUAGGAAAUAAAAUUAUUUUGCUGAAAAAAAAAA